AUUGUUACUGUUAGUAGAUAGUACAUCCUCUGGUCCUAAAUUGGUGCAAAACUCGACCGAUGAAGCUCAUGUAAUCGGUCACAUAUUGAGACUAUUUAGGGACGGAGGAAGUAUCAAAUUAUUGGAAAAAUUGUUCAGAAAUAAUCCUACGUAUUGCCCAUCUGCUUUAAAUAAUCCCAACUAUUGAUUAUUUCUAAAUAAUUCUACAUUUGCAUAUUUUUUGCUGACAAUACCUCUUGUCACAACUUAAGUCGGCUAUUGUAGGUACUUACCACUAAAAAGGAUUAAGGUUAGAUCAACGAAAAAGCAUUAGGAGGAAUAAGAAUGAGUGUUACAACUAAUAGAUAUUUAUAGUAGCCGGUUAAUAUGUAGAAAGGGGUGUUGUUAGCAAAAAGUAUACAAAGGUUGGAUUAUUUAAAAAUAAUCAUUGAUAGGGAUUAUUCACAGCAGAUAGGCAAUACGUGGAAUUAUUCAGGAUAAUUUUGUCCUGAAUUAUAUGUACAAAUGCUUGAUUUCGAUUCUGUUUUAUGCUACAAUUACUGUUGUAAAGAAAUGAACUUGUUUUUAAGUAUGACUUUGAAGACAUAGAAUUAGAUUUUCAAACUGUUCCACAAAAUAAAGGCAUUGUAUAUGUGAAUAGAGUCAUGAAAAAAAGGCAGAUGUGAGUUAGGAAGGAAAUGCAGAUUGGCAUGAGUCCAUUUUAUUGCAGAUAUAUGUACAAAGUCAUGUUACACUCUAUGUGUAUUAUAUUUCUAAUCUUAUUAUAUCAUGAAGACUUUUACUUGUUUGAUAGCCAUGGUGUUAAUCAUGACAGUUAUGGUAGAUCAGAGCCGAGGGCACAGCUGUGACAGCACGUUCUUCUCGUCACUUGUGCAGCUGAUUCCGUGCAGACGAGCAGUCUCUCCGUUUAGCCCAACCCCGCCAAGUAUGGCAUGCUGCAACGCGGUUAAAGCCUUGGGACAACCUUGUUUAUGUGUGCUUGUCAAGGGUCCUUCGGUUUCUGGUGUUGAUCGUGGGAUGACCUUGCAACUUCCUGAGAAGUGUGCUACCAAUUUUGAUCCAUGUGAAUUAACAAGGAAGUAAAAUUAGACAAGAAAAAAGUUAUGAAGAUACAUUCAGUAACAAAUAAUAAAGAUCCUCCCUAUAAAAUAAUAUAAAGAUCCUUAGGUUUUAUGGGAUAUGAGAAGGUUGCCAAUAAGGGGGGAAAGUAGGAAUUAUUUAGUCAUCUUAUCUUAUUUAGUACUAAAAGUAAGGUGGUGGAUAUAAAGGAGAUGAACUUGAUCAUCAACUAUAACCUAGUUUAAGACUUGUAAUUAUUUAAUUUUCACAUCCUCUUGUGAAAUUAAUGAAAAUACUUUAGAAAAUGUUAACUUCUAGAUUCAGAUUUGACUUUAAAAUUCUUUUCGAUUUUGACUUUAUGUUAAAAUCUAACAUAAUAACCAACUAAACCAAAAAGAUGUUAAAGCCCUCACCCUUCUUACAUAACA